CGGGCCCAACCUUAACUCAACCUUCACCCAUCUUUCCCGGCAAUCCCGCCAAGGAACCAUCAACCUCACCUCAGAACCCAAACUCACAUUUCGAUUUCAUUUUCAAUCCCUGGAGGAAAUCCAUUAGCAGACGCCCAUCAUGGCCCAGCGCAAAAAGUCUCUCCUCAUUGGAAUCAACUACGUCGGCUCGGCGCACGAGCUCAAGGGCUGCCACUCCGACAUCGACAACAUCGCCGAGUUCCUCAGCUACCGCGGCUACUCCAACAGCCAUCGCGACCGCGUCAUGCUGUCCGACAGCCCCGCUGUCGAGUACAGUAGCCCGUACUACCCGACGGGGCACAACAUCCUCGCGGCCAUGGACUGGCUGGUCGGCGAGCCGAACUGCACGCUCUUCCUGCACUACUCCGGCCACGGCGGGCAGAUCCGAGACGUUGACGGGAACCGCACAACGGGGCUGGAUGAUUCGAUUGUGCCUGUGGAUUUUGAGGAGAGAGGCCAGCUUAGUAGUACCCUGCUGCACGAGCAUCUUGUCACGCGCAUGGCGCCGAACUGCACGCUGUUUAUCCUGAUGGACUGCUGUCAUUCGGGCAGCGCGGUCGAGCUGCCAUUCGUGUACCGCAGCGACACCGACGGGAAUAUCAGCCUCAUGGAUAAUCUGCGCAAGGGCGCGCAGCUCGUCGGCGAGGCCUCGGAUCUUAUCCAACGCGGCUUUACGUUCGACAAGGUUGGCGAGGCGCGGGAGUUGCUUGCGGGCGCGACGAGCUUCUUCAGGGGUCUGAAGCAUAUGGGGGAGCAGGAUGAGGAGGAAGGUGUGCAGGCCGGCGAGUUUGCCGGGCAGUAUGGCAGUGAGAGGAAGAUGGUUACGAUGAUUAGUGGGUGUCGGGAUGAUCAGACCAGUGCGGAUGCGAGGAUCCAGGGAGAGUCGACGGGGGCGAUGACGUGGGCGUUUCUGGAGACGAUGAAGAAGAACGAGAGUCCGACGUAUGCGCAGACUCUCCAGGUGACGAGACAGUUGUUGGACCAGUCCAAUUAUACGCAGAUUCCUCAGCUAAGCUGCGGGCUAGAUCUCGAUCUAGAGAAUCUGGCCUUGGUUCUCUAGCCUCGUCACUCCAGUCUUCAUGUCACAGCCAAAGGGAGACGAGCAGCAUAAGAAAAGCACCAUAGAGUAUAGCGAUCAAUGCAACGGUACUUUGGAGCCUAAGGUUCAGGCUGCACUACAGUGCUCUCCUCACUCCUUAAGCUUCUUCCCACCCCUCACAGUCUCAAACUGCACAACGCCCUCAUGCACGCCUUGCCACUCAUGCCGAUGCGCGGCAAAGCUCUCAGCCUCCGGCUUUGGAAUCCGGGGAAACAAGCCCAUUUUCAAGAUAUACAUCUUCGGAAAUAUGG